AUGGUUGAGCCCUUGAAGGCUGUGUCCCCGCCCAAACUCAUCAUGCGGUCCUCGCUGCGGGCGUUCGGGCCGGACGGGGCAUUCCGGGAGGGCCUGCGCAGCGCCUUCAACCUCGAGCCCUCUGAUGUCGGCCCACUGAGGCUGUCGGCGCUCGGCGGCUGUGCAGUCAUUGCGGCGUACGGCAUUGCAACUCCGCUGCUCGAGGUGGUCGCGCUCAGCCUAGGGAUAGACCUCCUGCCGCUUGUCCACGUCGGCCAGACCUUUUUAUGUGUCGCCGUGAACCCUCUCUACCAGUACGCCCAGCGCUGGGUGCUGCCCAUACGGCUCAUCGGCAUCGCCUAUCGCGUAAUUGCGACGCUGCUCCUCGCUUUGACGGCCCUCGCCGCGUCGUGGCCACACAGUCGCGCGGUGGCCUACUGCCUGGCCGUCUACGGCGGCAUUGUCGCCGUCUACCCGCCCGUGCUGUACGACUCGUUCCUCGCGUCGGUGCACACGCGGCCAGAGGCAAAGCGGGUAUACGGCAUCAUAUAUUUCGCGAAGCAGUCGGGGUUGCUGCUCGGAUCGUUCGUGGCAGGGCUUCUAUUUGAGCGCUUCGGCCCCCAAAUUACUUUGGUCGCGUGCGCGAUGUAUGAGGCCACCGUGCACCUGGUGCACUGCCGCUCUGCGUCUUUCGAUGAGGGUGAAGAGGGAAGUGAGGGCGCUGAAAACGGCAAGGGAGGGGGAGGCCGCUGCGCUGCCGGCAGUCACGACGGCCGUGGUGACGACAGCGGCGGUCACGCUGACUGCGAUGCUCCGGACAGCCAGGCUAGCGGGGCGCGGGCCGAGUCGUGCUGCUCCUUUGCGUUUGGCGGCGUGUGCAUCAUCGCCAGGGACAGGACGCUGCGAUGGCUCGCCGCCCAACAUUUCGUAUCGGCCAUGAUCACCAGUGGCAUCUGGUACGAGCGCGCAGAGCUCCUGACCAGCGGAUUCGCGUCCGACGCUGAGCGAGUCGAGGUGAUCGCGAAGCUCCAGCUAGCGUACGGCGUCAUCACGCUGCCCGUGCAGCUGCUGCUCUUCGCGCGGCUCAUGCGAAGUUGCGGGUACCGCAGCAUGCUCGCCGUUACGCCCUGCACCCUGAUCGUCGGGCUCAUCACCUCAAUCGUCCACCCGGGACUGGCCGCCAUCCUCGUGCUCGACACGCUGCGCAGAGCCAGCGACUACUCGAUCAGCAUGCCCGCGCUCGACACGCUCUACUGCGACCUGCACAGUGACACGCUCUGGCUCGGAAGGCCGGUGAUUAAAACCCUCAUCGGCCCCCUGGCCACGCUCUGCGCCGCCGCCGUCUUUACCCUGUCCUGCCUGGUCGGCGUCCAGCCACGGUACCGGCAGUGCUGGCUGCUCCUCUUGUCUCUGGCCCUGACGGCGACCCACUGGCGGUUGAGCGUGCUGGGCGGCCGGUCGGAACGUCCGACGAGCGAGCUUGAGAAGCCUCGACAGGUGCUGGGUGUGUUCGUGUGA